AUGGUGGGCCUGACAGUCUCGGACGUGCCCCCGACCAUGGCGGUCAAGAUCUUCUCUGCUGGCGUGGCGGCCUGUGUGGCGGAUGUGAUCACCUUCCCGCUGGACACGGCCAAAGUCAGGCUACAGAUCCAAGGCGAAUGCCAGACCUCCAGCAACAUUAAGUACAGAGGUGUCCUGGGAACAAUCACCACUCUGGCAAAAACAGAAGGGCCGAUGAAACUCUAUAGUGGGCUGCCUGCUGGCCUCCAGAGACAAAUAAGCUUUGCCUCUCUUAGGAUCGGCCUCUAUGACACCGUCCAGGAGUUCUUCAGCGCAGGGAAAGAAACAACAGCUGGUUUAGGAAGCAAGAUCUCAGCUGGUCUAACGACUGGAGGAGUAGCAGUAUUCAUAGGGCAACCCACAGAGGUCGUGAAGGUCAGACUUCAAGCACAGAGCCAUCUGCAUGGUCUCAAACCCCGAUACACCGGGACUUACAACGCUUACAGAAUUAUAGCAACAACGGAAGGCCUGACAGGCCUUUGGAAAGGGACUACUCCCAAUCUGACGAGAAAUGUCAUCAUCAAUUGUACAGAGAUAGUUACAUAUGAUCUAAUGAAGGAGGCCCUCGUGAAAAACAAACUACUAGCAGAUGACCUACCCUGCCACUUUGUGUCAGCUCUCAUCGCCGGAUUUUGCACAACUGUUCUGUCCUCUCCAGUGGAUGUGGUAAAAACCAGAUUUGUUAAUUCUCCACCAGGACAGUACACAAGUGUGCCCAGCUGUGCAAUUACAAUGCUCACUAAAGAAGGACCACUGGCUUUUUUCAAAGGAUUUGUACCUUCCUUCUUGCGACUCGGAUCCUGGAACGUCAUUAUGUUUGUGUGCUUUGAACAGCUGAAGCGGGAACUGAUGAAGUCAAGGCAGACCAUGGACUGUGCCACAUAA